AUUAUUUAUCCGGUUGUUUCCCUCUUCGACGUGAGAGCUGCAACGAUGGCGAGCGGUUCAACGAAACAGGCGCCCAAAAUUGUCUCCAAAACGUCUGCUGGAGGCGCUGGGGCAGCAGGGGGUGGCGGAGGGCCCCCAAUAAUGCCCCUUGCCUCUCCGCUGAUGGGGAAGAAGAAAAAGCCGUUCCUGGGGAUGCCCGCUCCGCUCGGCUACGUCCCCGGUCUGGGUAGAGGGUAAGCUAACUUAGCCGCCAGUAGCUGUAACCUAGAUUGCUAAAUGCAACCCCAAACAACAACUGCCCUAUCAGAAAGUCUUCUUUUAGAGUCCUGCUAAAUAAGCCUUAAUAAUACAAAUCACAACAUACCCUUGCUUUUUAUGUUACAUUACAAUUAAUUCAUACAACCAUUAUAGCAGUAAUUGCAAUUGCAAUAUUUACCAUGUGCAAUAAGGCAAUUCAUACCUUAUUUAUACCCCACCAACUUACCCCCCAUUUCAUACAUUCACACUCAGCACCUACUGCAUCGCUUGUGCACUUUGUAAAUAUUUCUCUUAUACUUAACAGAUCUGUAAUAUUUUUUUGUAUCCUUAUUUUAUUGUAUCCCUCCUAGUACUUACUGUGUUAUCUGAACUCCUUUGAGUCGCACGGUCCUCUCAUCCAGGGCGUUUUAUUGCACUGUUGACCUUGUAUAACAUACACAUGACAAAUACACAAAUCUUCAAAAUUCUCCCUCCUUUCAGUGCUACUGGUUUCACCACCCGAUCUGAUAUCGGUCCUGCCCGUGAUGCCAACGAUCCCGUGGAUGACCGACAUGCCCCCCCAGGGAAGAGAACAGUUGGAGACCAAAUGAAGAAGAACCAGGAUGAUGAUGAUGAAGAUCUGAACGACACAAACUAUGAUGAGGUGCUAAUCAUUUGCAAGGACCUCAUCUCAAUUGAUUGAAUGAAACUGUGCCUAUACUGUCGUUAGUUGUGUUUAAACACAUUAUUUUGACUUGUGUCUUGCAGUUUAACGGAUAUGCAGGCAGCUUGUUCUCCAGUGGGCCCUAUGAGAAAGAUGAUGAAGAAGCAGAUGCUAUAUAUGCGGCACUGGACAAGAGGAUGGAUGAGAGGCGCAAAGAAAGAAGGUGACCCAUGAUCAAUAUGCCCCAGAACCUACCUCGUUUUGAUCAAUGUAGUGUUAUGUGGCAAUGGUUUAUUUUCUUUUAAGGCAUUGGCUUCAGGUAGGAGUUUGUUGCUGUGUAAAGGGAUAUUCCGAUGUAAAAUUAAUUUAGGGUCAACACACCGUAACACUGAGUAAGACACCCCCUCGAGAGAUAAAUGUUGCCAACCGCUUGCUUCUCGAGUUAUACCAACUUUUGUGACGACCGCACAAUAGCAAUACACAGCGAUCUAUGGAACCACACACAAACCUCGACCAAAACGCCACUCUAUUGCCACAAAUAAUGCUCAGAACAGCACCUAAAUUCAUCAACAGCACAGCCACAGCACUGGCCACCAAACUUUUUUUUUUAACUUUGCCUAAUUUCUUUAGCAAUUAGACUAAACACAACUCACUUACUCUCUUCCAGCAGCCGCUUGUUUGUAGCGAGACCUUAGGGUCUUGGGGUCUCAGUCUGAUAGCAUUUCCAUUAAGAAAUGAUCAUAAAUGUUCUUCCUUGAGCUGCAUCACCCCACUGUUGUCCAUAAUGGACCGGCUGCUGGAAGAGAGUAGGUGAGUUGUGUUUAGUCUCUUUGCUAAAGAAAUCAGGCAAAGCUAAAAAGAUGUUUGGUGGCUAGUGCUGUGGCUGGGACCCUAUAUGUACUGUUGAUGAAGUUAAGUGCUGUUCUGAGCAUUAUUCGUGGCUAUAGAGUGGCUUUUUGGUUGAGGUUUGUGAGUGGUUCCAUAGACUGCUGUGUAUUGCUAUCAUGCGGUCGUUACUGAAGUUUGUAUAAUUAGAGAGGCAAGCAGUCUGCAACAUUCAUCUCUUGACGGGGUGUCUAACCCGGUGUUGAGGUGUGUUUGACCUUAACUUAAUUUUACACCGUAAUAUCCCUCUUAAUAUCGACUGAUUUGCAGCUUGAGAAGUUAGUUUGACUCAGAGUUGAGAAAAAUCCCAAAGUGCAUCCACUUUUGGAUGUUGAUCUUUGGUUGGAGACCCAAGUGUGUGGCUAAAUCAAUCUUGUAUUACUCAUGAUGCAUUUUGCCCCAUUAACCCUGCAGAGAAUUAAGCACUGUGUAACUACAAAUAGAUACUAACACUCCCCUGAUAUGAAGCGUUGUGCCUACAUUUGCAUUUUUGUGCAGUACGUGCGAAUAGAGAUUUGGGAACAGACAUACCUCUCCAAAGCCUAUGCAGUGCACUUGUAUGUUUCAUGUGUUAUAUAUUGGGAAAUCCACAGCAGUCGACACUAUGACUGAGUGAUUUUAUAUAUCUUCUUGUGUGUUUUAAGGGAGUUGAGAGAAAAGGAAGAAAUAGAGAAAUACCGUAUGGAACGACCCAAAAUCCAGCAGCAAUUCUCAGAUCUAAAGGUAAAGGUUCUCACAAGAUAUAACACCCUGUGCACAUCUUUUGUGCAGUAUUUUUUAUCUUUUUGCACAAGUUUACUUUUUACAUUAACCUAAGCAUUUUCCUGUUCACAGAGAAAGUUGGCAGAGGUGUCAGAGGAGGAGUGGCUGAGCAUCCCCGAGGUGGGAGAUGCCAGGAACAAACGCCAGAGAAAUCCCCGCUACGAGAAGCUCACUCCUGUCCCUGACAGCUUCUUCUCCAAACACCUGCAGACCGGAGAGAACCACACUUCUGUUGAUCCUCUGCAAGGGGUCAGUAUACAUACAAACACUUAUUCAUACAUUUAAAACACCCUCAUGAGAGUGACAGCACAGGUUGUAGUUAUAGCCUGCACCAGCAGGAGUCAGGGUAGGCACUGGAAACAAAAAAGCACUAACACUUUGAGUUUGCUACACUACCCUGUAAUUCUUAAGGAAGCAAGUAUAAAGGUAACUUUUUGAGUAUAACGAAUUUAGUUUCAGCACUUGUUCCUUUUUUUUUUCUUUUUGUUGAAGUGCCAAAUUAUACAUAUAUUUAAAAACAACAUAAAAAGCUAAACAAACUUUAAAUGAAAACAAACAAAUAAUAAACAAAUCCCACCCUAAACCAACAACACAGUAAACAUAAACAUAUAAAUAAGUAUUUCCAUUGAAUGUGGUCCUGUGUGUACAGAUGUACACACAAACGUAAUAAUAUUUGAAUUAGCACAUAAAUGUACUCUAAUAUAAUGAAGAUUACUCAGUAGAUGAAUAGCAUGGAUAGUUUGGUCAGACCACAUCUUCCUGGUAAAGUUUUAAGAGUUUCUGAAGGAAAGAAUUCAAAGGCAGGUACUUUACACAUUAGUAAAAUAAAGUAUUAAAUGACCUGGGUAUGUCUCCCAAAAGCCUUUUCACCACAUUAUAACAAAAUGAUGCCUUAGUAACUUAAGUAUAAUGCUUUCUUUUAUUGUCCUUGUUUCUUUCCCUCACUAGUUGGGAGGUCUGAACACACCUUACCCGGGGAGCAUGACCCCAGGCUUGAUGACACCUGGGACUGGAGAGCUUGACAUGAGGAAAAUCGGCCAGGCCAGGAACACACUCAUGGAUAUGAGGCUCAGCCAGGUACUAAACUUGGUUAACUCUGUUCCUUCAUUCAGUCACUGCCGUUGUUAUCAUGAUGCACAGUAUUUAUUGUGUCUCCAUUUUAAUACACUAGGUGUCUGACUCAGUGAGUGGACAGACAGUGGUGGACCCUAAGGGUUACCUGACAGACCUCAACUCCAUGAUCCCCACACAUGGAGGAGACAUCAGGUAUGAAUACAGAAGAUGAUGAGUAGUUUUUUAGAGUUUGUUGUAUGUGUGUCUGAUGGUUCAUUCUCUGCUCUGUUUGUGUAGCGACAUCAAGAAGGCUCGUCUGCUGCUGAAAUCAGUGAGGGAGACAAAUCCUCAUCACCCUCCUGCCUGGAUUGCCUCUGCAAGAUUGGAGGAGGUGACUGGAAAACUGCAGGUGGCAAGAAAUCUGAUCAUGAAAGGCACAGAGAUGUGCGCCAAGGUAAUUAAUUAACAUCAACAAAGCUUUGUGUCCUUUAAGAAUGAUUAGUAGCGUUGAUCAAUGAAAAAAAAGAAAAUUCUGAAUCAUGUAGAUUUCAGGUUUCCGCUCUAUGAUGUUUAAAAUUGAUCCUUUUGCUCCCCUACUGAUAUCAACAUUUCCCUGUCCCCUUCAGAGUGAGGAUGUGUGGCUAGAGGCAGCCAGGCUUCAGCCCGGUGACACGGCUAAAGCUGUCGUAGCCCAGGCUGUCCGCCACUUGCCGCAGUCUGUGCGUAUCUACAUCAGAGCUGCAGAGCUGGAGACAGACGUCAGGGCCAAGAAACGAGUCCUCAGGAAGGGUAAGGCUCUCUUAUUAGACUGCAGCUCCAAAUGCAAGAGUAGUGAAAAUGUGUAAAAAACAGUUUUUCCUUUUUUUCUAUGAAGAAAUUGGUUUUAUAGAAUCUUUAAGCUGAUGUUAUGAUCGUAGAUGCGGCCGUUAGAUUCCCUACAUAAGCAGUUAUCUGUCUGUGAAUGAGUUGUGUUGAUGAAUACGUCUCAACUUCCAGCCAAAAAGUCGACACUUAACUCUGCUUGGCCAGAAUUCAGAACAAGUCUUUAUCUGUCCAUUGUCUUGUACAAGCAUCCACACAGAAAUACUCAAGAUUUCAUGAAGGUUACAUUUGGCAGCUGUUGUUCUGGCUCCUUAUCAGGGCCAGGAACCAUCAUGUCAAUGCCCUAACACACACACACACAUACGGAUAUUUCCCAGCAGCAUACCCCACUGACAAAGAUGGAUGGGCAGCUUCCUCUUCAGAAGAGCCCUCUCUGCCUCUACAUGUUCAGCUGCCUUGGCGCUGCUUUUCUCCAUUUCAUACGCAACACUCUUCCUUCCCACCCAGACACUAUGAAACUGUUCUAUAAUUGCAGGAUAUGUUGUUUGUUUUCACUUGGGGUGUGUUUACUAAAUGUUAAGUGUUUCCUCUUCCUCUCUUGCUACUGCGUGUGAAGUGUUGCCUGAAUAAAUACUGAUCUGUGUGCAUUCUCAGUAUUAACCAUUUUGUCACAUUGGUGCAUUUGGUAUUGCUACUCGGUUUGAGAAUUUUGUGCUUCUGACCAGCUGGCUGCUGUAAAUAACUCGGUGUUAAAGUAGCCAUGAAUUGUUUUUAACAACAGUGUAACUUUCCGUUUAGCUCUGGAAAAUGUGUCCAAGUCUGUUCGACUGUGGAAGACAGCUGUGGAGCUGGAGGAGCCCGAGGAUGCCAGGAUCAUGCUGAGCAGAGCUGUGGAGUGCUGUCCGACUAGCGUGGAGGUACACCUGUCACAUUAAGAGAACGAAUACUAACUGCAAUGCAGAAUUUUUGGAUAACUAUUUUAUUCCUCUCCCGUUUAGUUGUGGUUGGCACUGGCCCGGUUAGAGACGUACGAGAACGCCCGCCGUGUACUGAACAAAGCUCGAGAGAACAUUCCCACGGACCGCCACAUCUGGAUCACUGCCGCCAAGUUGGAGGAGGCCAACGGUAACACUCAGAUGGUGGACAAGAUCAUCGACAGAGCCAUUACUUCUCUCCGUGCCAAUGGUGUGGAGAUCAACAGAGAGCAGUGGAUUCAGGUGAAGCCUUGUUUGUUGGGUUUAUGCUGUUUUAAUGAAGCAUCUUUAUCUUGUCACACCUCAUUUAUGAGCAAACCGGUGUUUAGCGAGAAGCAGUUUUGAGUUUUUUAUUACUUUAUCCAGCAAGUAACCAAAACAACGCCAGUGUUUUCGAUACUGCAGUAAAUCCACCGCAGCAUGUCAGUCCUGAUCACGGGGUUAACACAGCUGUUGGAGGAUCGUAAACGAGCCGAAAUGAUCCCGUAAAUUAGAAGUCAAAACAGGGAUGAUUGUGCCAUCGAAGGGGUAGAGACUGCGUCAUAAGUUAGUCAGUUUUGAUAGUGUGCCAGAGAUUUUUUGGCAGUGCGAGCCCUCUGCUUCUUUAUCUGGGUCCAAAAGAAUUCGAGCCAGAACUGUGACUGACGUUUUGUUUUGUGCAGCUAACAUUCAUUUUGCAAUCAUGUGCUUUUGCUGCAAUCCCUUAACUUUCUUUUACUGGCUAACUUGCUAAUCCUGCCUCUGGUUUUGGAUAUCGGGGGAGGUUGACCUAGGACGUUUGCCAGCACGCUAAGUUGCUCUAAAAGCUCGAUCUUGAAUGAUAGGAUUAUCUUUUCGUUUGCUGUUUCAACUAGUCUUUUGCACUGCCAAAAAUAACUCAUAAAAGUAAGUAAAUGUUUGUACAUGAUCUGCAGUGACCCAUUUUAGUGACCCAGAAUUAUUUAGGAUGUCUUGUUGAGAUGGUACAUUUCAAGUGUGCAUUUAUGACUUCUUCGACAAAUGGUUCACGUUUCUGUUCUCUCAUAUCUCCAUUCGUCUCGCCCUGCAGGAUGCAGAGGAGUGUGACAAAGCAGGUAGUGUCGCCACUUGCCAGGCCGUGAUAAGAGCCGUCAUCGGGAUUGGAAUUGAGGAAGAGGACCGCAAACACACCUGGAUGGAGGAUGCAGAUAGCGUGAGUGCUGAUACCUGAGUCUUGUUCCACACAGGCCACCAUGAGUGAUCAUUCACACUCAAACGCUUUCAGUGUUUGAAGGUGUUCAAAGCCUGUCUGUCUGUUGUGUUUUCAGUGUGUCGCCCAUGGAGCGCUGGAGUGUGCCAGAGCUAUCUAUGCUCACGCUCUGCAAGUGUUCCCCAGUAAGAAAAGCGUCUGGCUCCGAGCUGCAUACUUCGAGAAGAGUCAUGGGACCAGGUGACCGAAAUUAGUUUGUAAACAUAGCAAACGACAACACUCUAGAUUCUGAUUUAUAUAUUGUAGUAGAUAUUGUCUGAUCAGAUGUACCUGAUUUCCUGCCAUCUGUCAUUUCAUCUCUCAGGGAGUCUUUAGAGGCCCUGCUCCAAAGGGCUGUGGCCCACUGUCCCAAAGCAGAGGUGCUAUGGCUGAUGGGAGCUAAAUCGAAGUGGCUGGCUGAGGAUGUCCCCGCAGCAAGAAGUAUCCUCGCUUUGGCCUUUCAGGUGAUGAUGAUGUUUCUCAAGCAGCAUUUCUCCCAUACACGCUCAACUGCUGCACUUUUCAACCCUCUCACUCCAUCUCUCCUCCUCCUCUUCUUUUUAUUUUCCCCUCUAGGCUAACCCAAACAGCGAAGAGAUCUGGCUUGCUGCUGUUAAGCUGGAGUCUGAAAAUAAUGAGUAUGAAAGAGCCCGACGACUGCUCGCCAAAGCCCGCAGCAGCGCCCCGACAGCCAGGGUAAGUGCUUGAGUGAAAUAAGUGGGUCGGGUUUCUCAAUCGUUGGCAUCUUGUGAUUGAAAAUGAUAAACAACAUUUCACUUUACUGGUGGAUCAAAGUGUCAGAUCUCCAAAAUGUUUUGAGCGGUGUCACAAACUGGAACUUUCCUUUGAAUGCUCAUGAAAUAAACAAACACGAUGUGAACUUUUUUCAGUCGUUUCUUUCAGCAGUGGAAGAUUACUUGUGUGUUUGACCUGCCUUGUCCUCCUGCGACCCUUUGUGCUGAUGCCGCAACGUUGUUUUCAUUAUGUAAUAUUUGUAUGAAUAAAGUUUUGAAACAUAGUUCAGGAAUUGCUCGAGGUUUACGAGCAAGUAAAAAGUGAAUUCUUUAGAAUUUUUCUCUUUUUUUCAAAGGCUUUCUGUUUUCAGGUUCAGGCUUGUAGGAUUCUUACACAUCUAAACACUCAAGAGUAAUCAGGAUGACAGCUGCUGUCAACACUGCUCUCUUAAUAUCACCGUCUCUAUCAGACCACACUCCCUUUAGUUAUCUCUAUUGUGUUUGUUGACAGAUGUGACAAUGAUAGCCCAUUUUUGCGAGGGCCAAACUGAUUGUCCUGCCUGAUAAGACAUCUUUGUUGUGAUAUUGAAGCCGUUUAAAACUUGGCCUGUGCGCUGUGAAGAUGAUAUUUGACACGUUUGAAAACAGCAAAGGUACUGAAAGCAUAUGUGUGUUUGACAUCUGCAGGUAUUCAUGAAGUCAGUGAAGUUGGAGUGGGUGUUGGGAAACAUAGAAGCUGCACAGGAGCUGUGCACAGAAGCCCUGAAACACUACGAGGACUUCCCCAAACUUUGGAUGAUGAGAGGCCAGAUAGAGGAGCAAUGUGAAAACAUGGACAAGGCCAGGGAGGCUUACAACCAAGGGGUGAGUCAGGGGGAGUGUUUGAUUCAAUGCUUUCAUAACUAUAAGAAACAGAGAGAGCCAAGUUGGCUCAACUUUUGGUGAUGUGUGUAGCUUCUUAUUUCUGACUUGAUUUUUUUUCUGCUAUAGUUGAAAAAGUGCCCCCAUUCUGUGGCCCUGUGGUUGCUGUUGUCUCACCUCGAGGAGAGAGUGGGACAGCUGACCAGAGCCAGAGCAAUCCUGGAGAAAGCCCGACUCAAGAACCCUCAGUGCCCGGAGCUCUGGUGAGAAAAACACACCUGAGUUCAUUUAGGAGGAGAGGGAGAUUUUCAGGUGCUGUGUGUGCUGACAUGAUUUUUACUGAGUGUCUACUUUUCUAAAGAAGCAAAACAGGCACCCAGGCUAGGAAUGACGUCAAAUUAUAUUUGGCGCAAAAUCAACACUGCUCAUCACCAAAAAAAAAAAAAAAAAAAACCAUACCUACAGUGGUGCAUGGUGGUGGCAGCAUCAUGCUUUGAGGCUGUUUUUAUUUGGCUGGAAGUGGUGCCUUAGUCAGGGUGGAAGGAUUUAUGAACAGUUCCAAUUACUACCCAAAACUUAUUCAAGAUCUGAAUCUGUCUCUGAAAAUGUAUGUGUCGUUUUGAUCAGGUUGGAGUCGGUACGUCUAGAGUUCAGGGCUGGACUGAAAAAUAUCUCCAACACACUGAUGGCCAAAGCUCUGCAGGAGUGCCCCAAUUCAGGUGAGAUUGAAUUGACCUUAAUUCAGUUUUAAUGUUAUGGGUUUUAAUCUCUGAUAUGUCAGAUGUCCAAGAAGAAUCACACUUUUUUAUUUUAAUUGGGACUCGAAAAGAAGAUAAUUCUUAAUCAUUACUAUAUGAUCUGUCCAUAAACUUGAAAAGCUCCCUUCUUCUUCCUGCAAGGUAUCCUGUGGGCUGAGGCGGUCUUUUUGGAGGCCAGACCUCAGAGGAAGACCAAGAGCGUUGAUGCGCUGAAGAAAUGUGAACAUGAUCCUCAUGUCCUGCUGGCUGUUGCCAAGUAUGACUGCUCUUUUUUUCCACCCGAUUUAAAAUGUCAUAAGCAGUGAUUCUGCAAAUUUUUAGGCAGGACACUUAAGUUUGAAUUUAUUAAUUUGAUUCCACGUUUAGGUUGUUCUGGAGUGAGCGUAAGAUCACCAAAGCCAGAGAGUGGUUCUUGAGAACAGUCAAGAUUGAGCCUGACCUUGGAGAUGCAUGGGCUCUCUUUUACAAGUUCGAGCUGCAGCAUGGCACUGAGGUAAGGGUCUUAUUAUCAUCAUCCUGCCUAUAGUUAUCAAGCUACAGCAGCAGUUCUUCAUGCUGGGAUCAAGUUUCAAAAAUGAGUAAGUGUUGUUACUCCAAGAUAUCACGGAAGUAUCUUACCUGAGUAUUCUGCUUCUGCUAGGAACAACAGGAAGAGGUUCGCAAGCGGUGUGAGAAUGCUGAACCCCGCCAUGGAGAGCUCUGGUGCGCCGAGUCCAAACACGUCCUGAACUGGCAGAAGAAGACAGGCGAGAUCUUAAUGGGGGUAGCCAGCAAGAUCAAGAACACCUUUUAAGACUUUUGACAUUUGGACUGAAAACACCUGGAGAACCCUGGCAGCCACAACUCUUGACAGUCUACAGCCAUGGACAUGCUUCAACUGUUGCUCUCAACCAGGAAUGGCCCAUCUGUGGCAGAUACGAAGAUACAGACCUGUGUUUUUUCUUUUUUCUUUUUUUUACAAAAUUUAAUCCUACUUUGUGAAUGUAUCAACAAGAAGGAUCCUCCACAAAUUUGCUAUUGAGUACAAAUAUGUAAACCUCAAAGUGCAAAUGACUGUGUUUAAGAAAAAAAACUAUAGAAACUAUGAAAUAAUUGUGUUUUUUGUCUUUCAAGUAGAAUGAGAACAGAAUGAUCCACAGUUGUGAAAUCCUUUCAUGCAUUAAAAAGUCUGGCUUUUUUAUCUGGCCACUCUGGGAGUUUGAUCAUUCUGAUUUAAUGCUGCCUGGAAAUUCAUUGUUUUUGAUUGAGAUGUGUUACUUUGCUUUCAGAAGGCCAUCAUAAAAGAUUACCCGUAGUUUCACAUUGCAACAAGGUUUGAAGGGACUGAUGAUGUCCCUUUUACAUAGUGGGUUAUGGUACUAUGGUUUUGUAUGAAGAGGAACACAAAUUCAGUCUCACUAAUGAACAACAUCUCCAGUCUUUUCCCUGCCUUUUGGCAAACACCACCUUGAAUGAUAGAGAGUUUAAUCAUCGAUGGAUUGCAACACUUUUCUUCUGGUUGCAUUAGUGUCAUUAAUCUGCACUAGGUGAAUCAUCCAGGCAUCAGAAUUUGUUUGAAUAGAUCAGAGAGAUAGAAACCUAUCAGUUCAGCUUUCAUUUCAGUUUUUGAGGAGUUUUUGGCCCCACAGGUUUUGUUGGCUACACUGUCUGAACCAUGUGGGAUUUUGCUGUUUCAUGAAGUUAUUUUGUUUAAUGUUUGACCAGUUUGUUGAUGUGUGAAAAAAAUUGCAAAUAUUUGUUGUCAUCGUUGUCAUUUUCUUACGCUUUAUCCGGGUCCGGGUUGCAGGGGGGAAGCCCAGAUGGCCCUCACCCCAGCCACUUCCACCAGCUCCUCCGGGGGGGAUUCCCAGGCGCUCCCAGUUCCAGGCGAGAGAUAUAAUCCCUCCACCCAGUCCUGGGCUGGCCAUGAGGUCUCCUGGUGGGACAUGUCUGGAACACCUCUAACUGGAGGUGUCCAGAAGGCAUCCUAACCAGAUGCCCGAGCCACCUCAGCUGACUCCUCUCAAUGUUCUACUACAGCGGUUCUACUCUGAGCGCCUCCUGAGUGUCCAAGCUCCUUACCCUAUCUCUAAGGCUGGGCCCGACCACCCUGCGAAAACUCAUUUUGGCCGCGUGAUCUCAUUCUUUCGGUCAUUACCCAAAGUUCAUGACCAUAGGUGAGGGUCGGCACGUAGAUCGACCGGUAAAUCAAGAAUUCUGCCUUACGGCUCAGCUCUUUCAUCACCAAAUAUUUAAAAAAUAAAAAUAACUGGCAGGAGAUGUACACACACUUGGUUGAUUGUACAUUAAAAGUUUUUGUUUUCUAAACCUCAAAUGUUGUCAAUUGUUAAUAAUCCCGAAAUGCAGACUUAAAGUAUCAUUUUAUUGUCAGAAAUUAAGGUUCUUUGUCUUACCCACUGUGCUCUAUCUAUUUGUGAUAGAAAUAAUCCUCCUGUCAGACUAUCACAUGACUCACAUCAUUGUUAUGAGCUUUUUUUUUUUUUUGAUUGGAAAUAUCCAAUAAAAAUGUAACA